UUUAGCAUGCGGAACAACUCCUCCCGUAAAAUCUUUUGACGUAUCUCUCAGACUGGGGUUAGAAACAAAAUGGCUGCUUACAUUGGCCGCUCAACGAAGCAAGCGCUUUUGCGAGCCAAACCGGCUGUUUUUAGCCAACAGGCAACAAUUUUUACAUUUGGAAGCAAAACUGGGAAAAAACUCGCAUGGAUAUUAGGCUCAAUAGCUGCUGGUGGUGGCGUUGUGAUAGGCACAGCAAUGGCACAACCAACGUUUGCAAGUGAUUUAGUUCUUCACCCUCCAAAGUUUCCCUGGAGUCAUAAUGGGUUAUUACAAACACUGGACCAUGCAAGUGUGAGACGUGGAUAUCAGGUGUACAAGCAGGUGUGUGCAGCUUGCCACAGCAUGAAAUUCUUGAGUUACAGAAAUCUGGUUGGUGUUAUUAUGACAGAAGAGGAGGCUAAAGCUGAAGCAGAAGAGGCUUUAGUUGUUGAUGGCCCAGAUGAGAAUGGAGACAUGUUUGAGAGACCAGGGAAGCUGUCUGAUGCUUUCCCCAAUCCUUAUAGGAAUGAUGAACAUGCUAGGUCAGCAAAUAAUGGUGCCUUACCUCCUGACCUGAGUUACAUUGUGCUGGCAAGACAUGGAGGGGAGGAUUAUAUAUUUUCGCUAUUAAAUGGCUAUACUGAACCUCCAGCUGGAGUGAAACUGAUGGAAGGACAAUAUUACAAUCCCUACUUUCCUGGUGGAGCUAUUGGCAUGGCUCAGGCUCUCUACAAUGAAAUUAUUGAAUAUGAUGAUGGCACACCUGCAACACAGAGCCAACUUGCUAAGGAUGUUGCAACUUUUCUCAAGUGGGCCGGGGAGCCUGAACAUGAUACCAGGAAGCUAUAUGGAUUCAAAGUAAGUUUUACCUUCUAUUUUUAA